AACUGAGCGGUGGGCGGGACCUGGCGCCGCCCCGCCCCCGCGCUUCCUCCUCUUUCACUUUCCUUUCCGCAGAAAGCGGGUCCUCCUGCUUGUCGAGUAUGGACGACCCGGACUGUGAUUCCACCUGGGAGGAGGAGAGCGAGGAGGACGGCGAGGAUGGCCAGGCGGAUGAUACGACCGAUGAGGACACGGGCGACGAUGACGGCGACGCGGAGGAGGCACGGCCAAGCCUGUUCCAGUCCAGGAUGACAGGGUACCGAAACUGGCGUGCUAUGCAGGACAUGCAAAGAUACCGGCACAACUACCCGGAUUUGACAGAUCAAGACUGCAAUGGUGACAUGUGCAACCUGAGCUUCUACAAAAAUGAGAUCUGCUUCCAGCCAAAUGGGGCUCUCAUCGAGGACAUUCUUCAGAACUGGAAAGACAACUAUGACCUCCUGGAAGAGAAUCACUCCUACAUCCAGUGGCUGUUUCCUCUGCGGGAACCAGGAGUGAACUGGCACGCCAAGCCCCUCACACUGAAGGAGGUUGAGGCAUUUAAAAGCUCCAAGGAAGUCAGAGAGCGUCUUGUCCGGGCCUAUGAGCUCAUGCUGGGCUUCUAUGGGAUCCACCUUGAGGACCGGGACACGGGUGCUGUAUGCCGUGCACAGAACUUCCAGCCGCGCUUCCACAAUCUGAACAGCCACAGCCACAACAACCUGCGUAUUACACGCAUCCUCAAGUCACUGGGUGAGCUGGGCUUAGAACACUACCAGGCACCCCUGGUCCGCUUCUUCCUGGAGGAGACCCUUGUACAGCACAAACUGCCCAGCGUGCGCCAGAGUGCCCUGGACUACUUCCUGUUCGCUGUGCGCUGCCGGCACCAGCGCCGGGAGCUUGUGCACUUUGCCUGGGAGCACUUCAAGCCUCGCCGAGAGUUUGUCUGGGGGCCCCGUGACAAGCUGCGGAGAUUCAAGCCCCAGACCAUACCCCAGCCACUGACGGGACCAGGGCAGGCAGAUAAAGAUGAGGGCUCCAGGGACCCCUCCCAAGAGGCUGGCACCCAGGGUCGGACCUGUGGAUCUGGAAGGGACCUGAGUGGGGACAGUGGAACAGCUGAGGAUCCCUCACUGCUGAACACAAAGCCCUCAGAUGGGGGAACCUUGGAUGGGGACCAGAGGGAUGAAGCUAAGUCCCUGAGUCCCAAGGAGAGCAAGAAAAGGAAGUUGGAGGGGAACAGGCAGGAGCAGGUCCCAGGGGAGGCAGAUCCCCAGGGUGUCUCUGAGGUAGAGAAAAUUGCCCUUAACCUUGAGGAAUGUGCCCUUAGCCCUAUCAGCCAGGAGCCCAGGGAGGCUGAACCGCCCUGUCCUGUGGCCAGGGUGGCUAAUGAGGUAAGGAAGCGGAGGAAGGUGGAGGAAGGGGCUGAGGGUGAUGGAGUAGUCAGUAACACUCAAAUGCAGGCCAGUGCCCUGCCUCCUACCCCUUCAGAGUGUCCUGAGGCCCAAAAGGAUGGGAAUGGGCCAGAGGACCCAAACAACCAGGUGGGGCCGGAGGACCCAAACAGCCAGGUGGGGACGGAGGACCCAAACAGCCAGGUGGGGGCAGAGGAUUCCAAAAGCCAGGUAGGGGCAGAGGACCCAAAUAGCCAGGUGGGGGCAGAGGAUUCCAAAAGCCAGGUGGGGCCGGAGGACCCAAACAGCCAGGUGGGGCCGGAGGACCCAAACAGCCAGGUGGUGGGGCCGGAGCAAGCUGCCUCUAAGAGCCCUGUGGAGGACCCUGACUCUGACACUGUGGGAACCUCAGUGGAUGAGUCAGAGGAGUUGGCAAGGAUUGAGGCCUCUGCUGAACCCCCAAAGCCUUAGAGGUGCAUCUCAGUCCUACUCAGCCCACUGCAGGGGGUUUCUGAGUCCAGAGCUCUGUCAUAGGCUCUUCUUGGUGCCCCACAGUGCUGGCCUCUCCCUAGUGGUCACUGAAGUGGCCACCAGAGGGACUGAGGCCCUGCCCUCAGGGAAGGCCAAGGCCUUCAGAACCCUCCUUACCUCACUGUGUCCUCCUCCACUGCCCUCUGAGCCCUGCGUUGUGAUCAGACCCUAAGGGUCUAGAGGGAGGGGCCUCUUCAUUAGUCUGGUGCCAAGUGAGGCCUUUUCUGAAUAAACUCUUUAGACUUUGU